CUCCCUCUUUUAUAGGUUCCCAUUGUCUGCCCUAACCAUUUCAAACGUUCCCCGCCCCCCCCCCACCCACCCUCUCUCUCUCUCUCUCCAUGGAGUCAUCUGAAUUCCGGCCUUUGGACGAGAAAUCCCUUGUCGAAUACAUAAAAUCCACUCCCUCUCUCUCUUCCCUCCUCGGAGACCGCCUCGAUGCCCUCACCAUCAAAGAAGUCGGCGACGGCAAUCUCAACUUGGUCUUCAUCGUCGUCUCCCCCGGAGGAGGUUCUUUCGUCGUCAAGCAGGCUCUUCCGUACGUCCGUUUGAUUGGAGAGUCAUGGCCGAUGACAAAGGAGCGUGCAUAUUUUGAGGCACUAGCUUUGAAAGAGCAUGGCCAUUUGUGUUCAGAUCAUGUUCCAGAAGUUUAUCACAUUGACCGGACUAUGUCUUUGAUUGCAAUGCGCUACUUAGAGCCUCCACAUAUUAUUCUGCGGAAAGGCUUGAUUGCUGGAAUUAUAUAUCCAUUGCUUGCAGCACAUAUGUCAGACUAUAUGGCAAAAACUCUUUUCUGCACAUCCCUUCUUUACCAUACCACUACAGACCACAAGAAGGCAGUUGCUAAAUUCUGUGGGAACGUGGAGUUAUGUAGGCUCACUGAGCAGGUUAUUUUCUCAGACCCGUAUAAGGUUUCUCAAUAUAACCGUUGGACUUCUCCUUAUCUUGACCGUGACGCUGAGGCAGUUCGUGAGGAUAAUGUUUUAAAGCUUGAAGUUGCUGAGUUGAAAUCCAUGUUCUGUGAGAGAGCCCAAGCCCUUAUACAUGGAGAUCUCCAUACUAGCUCUGUCAUGGUGACAGGCGAUUCUACUCAGGUUAUAGAUCCAGAAUUUGCUUUUUAUGGACCAAUGGGGUUUGACAUUGGAGCUUUUUUGGGGAACUUGAUUUUGGCUUACUUUGCACAAGAUGGACAUGCUAAUGAAAGUAGCGACAGAGAACUAUAUAAAAAGUGGAUCUUGAGGACAAUAGAAGACACAUGGAACCUUUUUGAGAAGAAGUUUACUUCACUUUGGAACGAUAACAGGGAUGGGAAUGGGGAGGCAUAUCUUGCGGCCAUAUAUAACAACACCGAGCUGCAGCUGCUUGUACAGAAGAAGUACAUGAAAGAUUUGUUCCAUGACACUCUUGGAUUUGGUGCUGCCAAGAUGAUAAGGAGAAUAGUGGGUGUAGCUCAUGUUGAGGAUUUUGAGUCCAUUCAAGAUGCCAGCAAACGAGCGUAUUGUGAGCACCGAGCUCUUGAGUUUGCAAAGAGGCUUCUAAAGGAAAGGCGUGGAUUCCAGUACAUCAAUCAAGUUGUUUCGGUCAUUCUGGAAAUGCCAUCAUGAUUAAUAUAUCUUAGUUGAUUGGAUUUGCUUUGGUUCAGUUUUCGUUCUGCGUUUGGGUUUUAUUCGGGGUUUGCACUACCCCAUUCCAGUCAAUAUCUAUAGAACAUGUAACCUUGUUUUACAUAGAACCAUAGAUAUUUUAAUCCAUAGUUUUCUCAUCAGAAAUUGGAACCCA